AUGGAGCUCCACCGCUGUCGCUUCGUCCCGUACAACCCUCAAGCGAUCAACGCGCUCGAAUUCUCGCACCCAGCCUCAUCCAAAGCCACCGGUCAAGGCGCGCAAACUCUUCGGCUCGCUGUGGGCCGCGCAAACGGGGAUAUCGAGAUCUGGAACCCGCUCCGCGGCGCCUGGUUUCAGGAGACCAUUAUCCGCGGCGGGAAGGGUAGGUGUAUUGAAGGACUGGCAUGGACGCUCGACCCUUCUGAGGAUGCGGCUGAUGGGAGUGGAUUGAGGCUACCCGGUCGUUUGCGCCUGUUUAGUAUUGGGUAUACGAAUACGGUGACGGAGUGGGAUUUGGAAAAGGGUCGGCCGGCGAGGCAUUCGAGUGGGAGUUAUGGGGAGAUUUGGUGUCUUACGGCGCAGCCAAGAUGGACUGAGAAGGAAAAGGGGGGCACUGCUGCUGCUGCUACUGGAGAAUAUACGGGUCAACAUCUGGCUAUUGGAUGCGCGGACGGAUCGAUUGUUAUAUUGUCGACGGCAGAUAAUGAUUUGAAAUUUGUCCGGCGGUUGCAGGUCUCUGUGACGAAGAAUGUGCGCGUGUUGAGCAUUGCGUUCCAGAAUCGGAAUGUGAUUGCAGCUGGGUAUGCGGAUAGUUCGAUUAGGCUAUUUGAUAUUCGAAGUGGACGUCUAUUGCGAACUGUGUCGCUGGGCAGAGGGCCCGUUGGAGGACCCAAGGAUAUUUUGGUCUGGAGCGUGAAGUGUCUGUCCGAUGGAACGCUGGUUUCUGGUGAUUCGACGGGGGAGAUUCGUUUUUGGGAUGCGAAGAAUUACUCACUGAUUCAGCGAUUGCGCGGUCAUCAGGCUGAUGUGUUGGAUGUCGCUGUUGGUGUUGAUGGGGAGACGGUUAUCAGUGGUGGUGCGGACCGAAGGACUGUCCUGUAUCGGUUGAAGCCGGGCAAGAAGCACGACAAGUCGCGUCGAUGGGCUGAGGUUAUGCAUCGUCGGUAUCAUACUCAUGAUGUGAAGAAGUUUGCUGUGUAUGAGUCAAAGGAUAUAAGCAUUGCGGUGUCUGGAGGACCUGACGCAUCUCUCGUCGUCAUGCCCUUGCGCGAGUCUGGAAAGGAACACCACAGGACGCUUUCCAGCCUCCCUCAGAUCUGCCAACUUACGUCCAGUUUAUCGUCGAGAUUGAUGAUGAGUUUCUGGGAAAGAGAAGCGAGGAUAUGGCGAAUUGCGCCGGAGAAUGGCGAUGAUGCAGACGAGAGCCAGAGGAAUCAGUUAGUGGGCAGGGUGUUGAUUCCAGGCGACGAAAAUAUCACAUCAGCCGCACUUGCAUCUAAUGGCAGUCUCCUUGUUUUGUCUACGAUGACCACAGUCCGCAUGUUCGCCCUUUCCUGGAACGAUAGCGAAGACGAGGACGUAGUGUUGAGCAUCAACGACCUGAAAGUCCCUCCCCAGAUCGCAGAUGAUGGAGCUCGGGUUGUUUCUCUGUCCCCUGAUCUGCAGUGGCUAUCCAUCGUCCGACCCAGUAGCGAAGUAUUCCUCGCAAAACUGAGCACCGACACCACCGACAACCAGACUCAGGUUCACUCCAAGCUUCUGCGUCUGGAACGAUCAUCAGGCAAGGCGCGUACUCUCCGCGGCGUGAACAUGGGCACUCUCGGGGACUAUGACCGCACCAUCCGCACCGUCACUUUCUCUGCUGAUAGCAAGUUAUUCGCGACGGGCGACUUGGCGGGAUUUGUCGACUUCUGGGCACUCGAGGACGUUUCCUCUGAAAACCAACAACAGCAAGCGCAGCCACGAACCAAUGGCACAAACACAUCGAACGAUGAGUCUGAUGAUGAUGAUGAUGAUGACGAUGAAGACGACGACGACAAUAUCGCACAAACCAUUGACAACCAACGCUGGAAAUCCCUAGCUGCCAUGCCCUGCCUGCACGCCGGCAUCGUAUUCAUGUCCUUCCGCCCAACAAGCACCAGCAGUAGCACCACCACUGACGACCGCCUCCUCGUCCUCACCAGCCGCCACCAAGUAACCGAGUACGAAGCCCUGCGCGGCAAAUUCUCGGAGUGGUCCCAAAAGAACCCCAAAUCACACCUGCCCGAGGAAUUCAUUGGCCUCAAAGAUCGCGCCGUCGGCGGUGUCUGCGGGCUGUUCGGGAGCGCGCAGAUGCCGAAGUUGCUCCUCUACGGACCGUCGUGGUUGUGGAUGUUUGAUUUGACGCAUGACUUCCCGUCUCCUGCCACCACCACCACGAUCAACAACAACAACAACAACAAUAGCCAUAAUACACCAGCAGGAUCCCAAAAACGCAAACGCCUCCUCAACGAGGAAGACGAGCAAGAGCGCAGGAAAUACAACAGUGGAGCAGGAGAUCUGAUCCCAACAUCCCAAGCAAAAGUAACCCUCGGCACGAAAAUGCGGAAAAUCGUGGGCAGCAAUAAACACGACGAAGUGAUCGUCAACGCCGAGAAACAUCGUCAGCAUGGCAGCAAAGACACCAACAAGAAGCACGGUAAUGAAGAUCAAGAAGAUGCUGCUGCUGCUGCUGGUGACGACGACGACGACAACAACAACAACGAAGAAUACGACGAAGACGCAUACCCUAACACAAACCCGUUCUUCGUCAACGGCGAGCCGGACUUUGCCCAUCUUCGUCGCGGUGGAAUCGCAGACGACAAAGAAUCCAAGAAUCCAGCAGACGGUGUACCCGACAACCAUCACGACAAUAAUCAGACACCAAUAUUCUGGCACUCGUACAGAUUCCGAGACAUCCUAGGCGUUUUGCCGAUUGGUUCUUGCCAUAGGAAUAGCAAUAUCAAUAAUGUUGUGGGCAGUAAUAAUAGCAAGAGGAAAGAAAGCGAAGCAGUCGUGGAAUUGGCUAUUGUUGAGCGGCCAUUGUGGGAUAUGGAUCUUGGCGAGAGGUAUGUUAAGGAUUAUGAGUGA